UGGAUCUCGCAGGUUCAGAAAGGCUCAAGCGAACAAUUGGUGAUCGGCAAAAAGAAGGCAUAGCCAUCAACACCGGCUUACUCGCACUGGGUAAUGUCAUUUCAGCACUCGGCGACGAGUCCCGCAAGGGGGCCCAUGUACCUUACCGCGACAGCAAGCUGACCAGAUUGCUGCAGGACAGUCUGGGAGGCAACAGCCAUACGCUUAUGCUGGCCUGCGUCAGCCCUGCGGAUGCAGAUUAUAUGAAGACACUGAAUACCCUGAAAUAUGCCGGUCGAGCACGCAAUAUCCAGAAUCGCGUCGAGAUCAACCACGAUUAUGAAGGCAGUCCAGACGAGCUCGAUUUCUUGCGAACCAAGGUCUCUCAGCUAAAAAUGCAGAUGUCUAUCCUCCAAAAGGUCCAGAACCACCAUCAUCAGCAUACAAGUCAUCAGCAACACCAACAGCUUGAGCUGCUUCUAGAGAGCGAUCGAUGGGUGCAUGAGCGGGAGGAAUUAGUCCGGAUGCGCCAGUACAAUCAAGAAACAUCAGCUGAAUUGGCUAGAGUGCAGAGCGAGAGAGACACGUUGCUAGCACAGAUCUCACCUGACCCUCUGAUCACCGAGGCUCAUCCGGUGAUUCGCCAGUAUGCUGAAACUGUAGAGGCGUUGAAACUUCAGUUGGCUGAGGCCCGUUUGAUGGCUACUACUACUGGUAUAGCAGAAACCACCACCACCACCACCACCACCGCUUACUCACCCCAGAGUAGCACGCCUUCUUCCAUGAUGAGCAGCAGCACCGUGACGCAUAGCAAUAACAGCUAUCCAGGACUGUAUCCCUCCCAUUCAGCGGCAGUACCAGGACGCCAUGGCGCCGCAGCAUCUUCUUCUCUUGACCAUCGUGACGCCAUGAGACACAUCCACAGCAGACCUGUUGGGACCCUUUCCGGACGUCGACAAAAGCGUAAAUAUGUACCGAUUGCUCAGCGAAUGAAAACACAUAGUAGGAAACGUGGCGCUGAUGGCAACAACAACAACAACACCACCACUACUACUGAAAAACUAAUUCAUAUGAUGCUGGGACCAACCAAUGGGCAUUCGAUGCCCGGUCUCAGUCAUUCAGUUCACACGAAAGGCCAAGCGAGCGAAAACGCAAACAAUUUGCUGUUUGUUUGGUCACAGUCUCAAGAUGAAACCGUGAUACAGGAUAUAUCAGGCGUAGACUUAAAACGUUCUAGUAGUAGUGGUAGCAGCGAUCUCUUCCGUUCCACUGAACGUGAUCACAAUGAGAAUUCCAAAGCUCACAAUUACAACAACAACAACAACGGCAACGCAAGCACAAUGAACGGAAACGCUUAUGAUGAUGAGUCUGGACCAUUUUGCUCUGUCAGCUGUGAGAAAGACGGUGACUUUGACUCGGAUGCCGAACUGGAAGCUUUGGCCGUACCCACAUGGACCAGCUCACCGCGUGCUGCCCAAUCCACCAAUGGUUCAACCAAACGCGAGUCGUUAUCAUGGACCGACUCGCUCUUGGACGAUUCAGAUAAUUCGGUUGCCACAUCCCGCCUCUCUUCCAGUUGGACCUCAUCGACGCGACAGCACGGCACGUCUGCAGCAGCAGCAGCAGCAGGGCGGCGGCGCAGCAAAGAUUUGCUAAAGAUGCUUCACCAGGUGCAAGCCGACCUGCUUGUGAAAAAAGAGCUUGUUGGACAACUGGAGAAAUCGGAAGAUGAGUACACACAGAUGCGGUCAACGUAUGAGGACAAGCUGAACGAACUGCACGAGCAUCUUGUGGAAACCGAAAAGGAGCGUGACAUGGCGCUCCGCAAACGGCCGAGCGGCAGCCGAGCACCCGUUGUUACCACCCACGCCAGAGCUACUGCGCGUGGCAGCAAUACUGGAGCAACCACCGUGAUGCAACUAAGAGAAACUCGACAAGCAGACGAUGUUCGACGACUGUAUGAACAAAAGCUCAAGAAGCUUUCGGCCGAAAACCAAGCAUUCAAACAAAAGUAUACCCAGACGAACCAUACCCUGCAAACUGCACGCGCCAAGGCCGAAGCCUAUGUAGGCAAGAUGCAAUCUGAGAUAGUAUCGCUCAAGCUCGAAAAGAAGCAAAUGCAAAAGGCGGCCAAGAUGGAUGCGGACAAGUCGCGCGACCUGAUUGCUCAUUACGAAAGGGAGAUACACGUGUUGAAGCGGCGUGAGGCAGCGGCCCAUGAUGCACGGAAAAAGUUAGAGGAGGCAAGCGAGAGUCAAGGGCAGUUGUUACGGAAACGCAACGACGAGCUUGCGUCCAUGGCAACACAGUUGCGACAGCUGACGCUGAAUGUGCGUCGAGCAGCAAAUGAUGGCAUUUUGUUGAAUCAAGCGUCGUUGGAUAGAAUUUUGAAUACCACCCACCAGAGGGCUACAAAGUCUCCUAUUGGACGACGAGCAACGCCUACGUCCGAAUAGGUUUUCCCCAACGUAAACCCUUUUCCAUGUAUAUCACAAGCUUUUUUUUUUAUUUUAUUUCAUCUAUGCGCGUCACAUGACACUUCAUAUACUCAUAAUAAAGCUCUUUUUUUUUUCUUCCUUUGAAAUAAAA